CAUAAUUCGGCAACAGAGAUCAAUGUAGUCAAAGUUAUUCGUAUUUGUGUAUUUUGAUCUCAUAUUUCGGCAAUUUGUUGCUAAAUUCACAAUUUUACGUCUCAAAUUAAAAUAAAAUUUAUCCGUUCACCUCUUUCUGACAUGAAUAUUUGCAUUUAACUGAUUUAUUUAAAGCUUAAAAAAAGGGAAACCAAAAUGUCUAGAGUUAUAGAUACAUCACAAUGGAUAACCUUCUUCUCAAAAGCUGGCUUGCCAGCAAAUGUUGCUGCAAAUUAUGCACUUAUAUUUUCGGAUAAUCGAAUUCAAUUGGACAUGCUGUUAGAUUUGUCCAAAGAAUACCUGUAUGAUAUGGGAAUUAAAAUUAUGGGAGAUGUUAUAGCUAUCCUACGAUACGCUAAAGAGUUUCACACUCAGUUAUCUAAAGAAAGGAUGUUUGGCGGAUCUAAAAUGGUGACUCCUAACAAAACAGCAGUUGCUGAAAGAAUGGUCGGGCAUUACACAAGGCGUUUUGCACCUGUUCAACCGCCUCCUAUUCAUUCUAGACUAACACCUCCUCAGAAGCCAAAUCUGAUUAGUUUAAAGAGGAAAAAUACCGAAGACACUGUAGUGAAGAAAGCCAGAAGAGUUCCUGCUGAAGAAGAAGGAGCUUAUAAAAUUAAAAUGCCAUCAGGAACCACUGCAAAAACUCGUCAGAUCUUACAGCAACAACAAAAACUCCCCCUGGGGGCUAAAAGAUCUGUUUUCUCUCGUCUUGGUGACAGUGCUGUCAGCAGUUCUACAGAUACUGCUAAAAGUGCAGUUAAAACAAAUGCAUCGUCUGUUUUUGAACGUCUUGGACCUAAUAAAAUGAGCUCAGAUGAAAUCCCAACUUCUACAGUAUUUAGUGAUAUUGAUUUGCAAAAGAGGAAUACUCCCCUUCCUUACAAAGGUGUCUUAAAAAUGACUGUUGGUAAAAAACGAACAGUUGUUUCUACUUCACCAAUGAAAGGAAAUGUACGUGCCAGAACUGUCAUAAAGCCUCGCCAAGAGAAACUUCCGAACAUCAAUAUCACUAAAACUAUUCGAAUAAACCAAAUAAAUUCAAUUCUUGCUACCAGAAAGGAAUCAGCUCAAACUUUAAAAAGGCUUGGAGCAGGAUCAAAGUCUCAGGGUCUUUUUGGUGGAGCUAUAUCUCAUAGACUUGGUGUAAAAGGCAGGUUAGGAGGUCAAGUUUCCAAUUCAAAUGCUCGAAACAAGAUAUUACUUUCAAAAGUCAAGCUACCAAAAAAAGGCUCCUCUAAUGUUUUCGACAGGUUAGGAAGGUAGUUUAUCUGGAAUGUACAAAUUUACACUGGAUUUUAUUUUUACUGUACAAGAGACGAUAUAGCAUCUUUUUCAUUGCAUCUGCAAUAUGGAAAGUUGCAACAAGGCUGAAGCCAUGGUUUCCAGAUAGUAUUCGAGAAACUGAACUGGCUUGGCACAUAUUCAACUUCUCUCUCAUGUUUUAACUUUGCUUUUUCCGCAUUUGAUAGAAUUUUAUAGUAAUUCUGAUUUAUUUCUGAUGAGUUUUUCUCCGAUGGGUCAUCUGUGAUGUCAUACAACAGUGGAUUUUGGUGAUGAACAACAUGAUCUCCAAAGCAAUGGCACACAUAUUGACAUCGUUCAGUUCCAGGAAUAAAUUUCGGUGUAGUCCAGUGUAUUUUCCAUACUUUUUGUUCUGUAAGAAAACAUUGUUUAAUAAAAAAUGUCCCAUUUA